AUACCGCGUCACUAUCGACCUUUCACAGGUGUCACAUCCACUUUGUUUCCAUGUUCUCAGUCGAGAGAAGGUGAUUCCCACACACACACGCCAGCACACACACAUAUUCACACAGAGUCCUGCUGUCUGUCAUUUCCUGGAUCCGGCGUGUCCAAGCGGCUGUGGAAACUUUCUGAAGUUUGGUGUUGGAGGGAGGAAGAGGAGGAGUGGGGGAGCUCCGGGAGUCUUAACACAGCGGUCGCCGCUGCACUCACACGCGGAUCAGAUCGGCUCUGAACUCCGGGGAUGUCGGCCGUCAAGGCGCUGCAGCAGUGGUGCAAGCUCCGGUGUGAGGGCUACCGGGAUGUGUCCAUCACCAACAUGACCACGUCUUUCAGGGACGGCUUGGCUUUCUGCGCGCUCAUCCACAAACACAGACCCGAUCUCAUUGACUUUGAUUCACUCAGGAAGGAGGAUGUUUAUGAGAACAACAAACUGGCCUUCAAGGUUGCGGAGGAGGAGUUGGGAAUUCCAGCACUGCUGGAUGCAGAAGACAUGGUGGCUCUUAAGGUCCCUGACCGCCUCAGUAUCCUGACAUACGUCUCACAGUACUACAACUACUUCCAUGGACGCUCCCCAAUUGGUGGUAUGGGAGGUAUAAAGCGCCCAGCUGACGCUCCCACAGAGGAACCGUCUGGGAAGAAGAACCAGCCGGUGGUGGCGAAGGUGUUUCCCUCUUCCACCCCUGCCAGAGAGAACAGCCCUCCCCCCUCCUCCAACAUCUCAAAGCCCUCUCCUUCCCCAAGACAAACCAGAAAUGCUACAAAGGAUGUUGUGGUUGAGAAAUCCCAUCAGACAGGCACCCUGAGUAACAAAUGUGUGUCAUGCAACAAGCACGUUCACCUGGUGCAGCGACAUCUAGUGGACGGGAAGCUCUAUCACAGGAGCUGUGCAAAGUCAGUGUCGUCCACAAACACACCUGCACCUUUCAGAGAUUUACCCACAAACACCCCUGUUUCCAAGUUUACACCUCUGCCAGACUCCACCAAAACAAACACAACCACUACCACUCACACAUCCUCCAGACUGAGACCAUCAUGGCUGACGGAGAAACCCAGCACCCCUCCCAGCUUCUCCUCCACUUUCUCGACUCCAUCUCCUUCCCAGCCAGCUUCAAGUCUCUCCUCUGCUUCUAAAGACUCUCAGACAUCUGUUGUCUCCAAACCCACAGCUUCACGGACUACUUGUGAAUCUCCCUUCACCACAACAACCACUUCUAUCAACACCAGGCCCACUGCUGCUCCCCGUACCUCCACCACGGCUGCGAAGACACAGCAGUCCAAGCUGAAGUUCUUACAGUCAGAUAACACAGCUAAAGAUGAAGAGAAAAAGACGACAACUGUCAAGUUUGACAUAAAUAAAGGGACGAAUGUGACCAGUAAGGUGCAGGAGGCCACAGCAGGGCAGGCCGUCACUGUGGUUGUAAAUGUUGGUGGCCUUGGCCAAAAGGAAGCAAAUAAGAGCUUGAACACAGGUGGGGAGAAAGCUAAAGCAGCAGGUGUAGGUGGAGAUUCAAAGGCUAAAGCAACGGCAGCAGCCUUCAUCUCCAAAAAACUAGCUGAGGAGAACAACAAUAACAACAGCAAGCCAUCGUGGACAAAUGUAGUGUUAAAGAAAACUGACAAACCUUCUCAAGUGGAGACACCAAAGAAGGAGACAGAAGGAGUCAGAGGGAGAGUGAGGCUGAAACCAGACCCGUCAAUCCUCGCCGACUUUCAGAUUCCGACAGACACCCGGACUCCGAGCCCAUCCGGCAAGAGUGGAGUCAGAGCAAGAACUCCAGACAGAGGCAGCCCAAAGCCCGGCAGGGCAUCACCCAACACCUCAGCAUCAGAAAACAACGAGUCUCCUGCGGACUGGCGGUCAAAGCUCAAACCCAUCUCAAAACCGGCUGUUCCGUCACAGCCCUCGCCGAAACCAUGGGCUAAUGGAGCCGGAAAGCCUCAGACUUCAGAACUGUCCGUUGGGCCUUCUCCCUCCUCACAUCCUUCAACCCCGAGCAUUUCUGUCACUCCACCUGCAUCAAAGGGAUUCCAGAAUGGUCAAAAAGAUCUGACUGCAAAUGGCACCAAGACAGAGGCAAAGAUUUCCAAGACUAAACCAGACUACAUUCCUAAAGACGAAAUCAUAAGGGAACUGAAGGAGAUUGAAGAUAAUUUGAAUGAGUGGGAGAGGAGGGGAGUGGAGCUGGAGGUGAGGCUCCGCAGCUCUGAAGAAGAGGGCGUAGAUGACUCUCUCAUGGAUGGGCUCAUGGUCGAGUGGUUCAACUUGAUCAGGAACAAGCAGGUGGCCAUGCGCCGGGAGUCCGAACUGGUCUACAUUGGAAGGACCCAGGACCUGGAGGAAGAGCAGCCCAGUGUUGAGCAGGAGCUCAGACGACUGAUGGACAAACCAGAACAUCUGAAAACAGCCUGGGACCGGAAGAGAGAAGAGCAGCUGAUGGCCAAACUGGUGGAGAUCGUCAAUGACAGAAACGCUAUAGUAGAUGGUCUGGAUGAGGACAGACUCAGGGAGGAAGAGGAGGACGAGCAGCUAAACAAGAUGAUGAUGAAUUUCAACAUGAAGAAAGACAAGCCAAAGAAAAAGUCUCCGAUGUCCAAACUGUUCGGCUGGGGGAACAAGAAGGAGGGAUGAUGCUCCUCGUACACAGCGCCUGCUACAGUCUUUGAUGUUUUAUUUCAUUUCUUUUUUUUUUUUGUUGUAGUCUUAAUGUCAGUGUACUCAGCCUGUGAUUCAUGGGAUAACACUGAUAGUCUGUGUGUGUGCGUGUGAUCCGUCAUUCUAAGCGCUUUUAGAAAAAUGCCCUUCCCUCUGUCGACUGCAUCACUCAAGAUCUGACAUUACUUGUGCCUGCUAGUGCCACACACACACAUGCAAACACACAAAUGCACAGACACAGCUGAUGUUGAGGGGUUAAUGACUCACCAGCCGUGUUGUGAUUGGGUUCAGUGCUCCACUUGUUAGUUUUAAUACCCUUCUAGUCUUAAUCUGUCUACUUAAUGCUCUCGAACACACACACACACACACACACACACACACACACACACACACACACACAC